GGCUGAAAUGCAAUAGGCGCGCAACCGAAGCUGCCGUACAUCGCGCGCCAGCAGGUUUCCAGGCCCGCCAGCGCCGCUCUGCAGUUAUACAAACAUACUCCAGACACAGGCCGAUACAUCCAAGUCAACGACAUCACACACAGUGCAAGAAACACCACUCGAGCUACGUCUCGCGCGAAAACACUCUUGUCCUACCUGCCGACUUGGGCCUGCGUCUCUCGACAGCCGGCUGAGCCUGUCCUAUAACCAUAAGCUCAUACAUCUAAGGAGCCAGCCCAUAUGGCUCGCUCUUCAGCAAGUCGCCCCACGAUGGGCGCCUUGGCGCUGCUUUUGGUGGCGAGCUGCUUUGCGGGCGGCGUGUUCAGCGCUCGCAUGGCGAAGCUAGCGCUAGAUGACUCCGCCUCUGUGUCAGACGCCUCCGCCUCCUCUGCCGAUCAGCAGCAGGAGCUGGAGUCCGUGGUGUCGGCGCUGGCGCACAUGAACGCCGACAGCGAGGCCAUGCGCCGUGUGCUGGCGUCGGGCGUGUACCCGCCGUCGCCUGCGUCUGUGGAUGCCUUCAUUGCCGCCUUCAUCCAGCUCACCGCCACCGCCCUCAACAUCGACCCCGCCAACGUGUACGUGACGCGCGUGACCAAGGGCGGCGCGUCCAGCGGCCGCCGCCGCGCCGCGCUGGAGCAGAGCGGCGCUGCGGAGCAUGUGUGGUCUGCGUCGGAGCUGUCUGCGCUGCUGCCCGGCGCUGGCCUGAGCCUGCUUGCGCUCAAGCGCGUGACGCCCGCCGACGACGCCACCGUGGCUGGGCUUCGCUCCGCCAAGCUUGAGCUGGUGCUGGGCCCAGGUGCCAAGCUGCAGCAGGCUCGUCGAAGCGCUCAGCAGCAUCAGCCGUCGUCUACUGCAGAUGUGAUCGUCGACUUCACGGUCGUGACGCUGGUGGAGGUGGCGCUGCCUCCCUCGCCGCCGCCCAGCCCCCCGCUGCCUCCCGGCGUGUCUGCUCCUCCCACCGCUCCUGUUUCGCCUCCGUCUCCUCCUCCUCGCCCUCCCCGUCCUCCUCCGCUGAACGUGGCUGUCCUGACAUCCGCCCUGAACGCUUCUUGGGUGAACGAGGCCCCCUCUCCGCCUCCCUCGCCUCCGCCGUCGCCUCCCUCGCCCAGCCCGCCUGCGCGCGUCACGUCGGUCCGCGUCAGCCGCAUGCCCGCCCAGGGCACUCUGUCGGGCGAUAGCAGCAAGCCCGUGGUGUGGUACAACGACGCCAGCUUCCGCAGCUACCGCAAGCCGCGCAGCCCGCUGAACCUGGUGUUCUGGAGCGCGCGCCGCCAGUGCACUGCCACGGUGGGCGUGUGUGGCGGCUGCCCGCGCGCCUGGGCUGUGCCGUCCAACGCCACGCAGACCACGACGACGCUGCCUCUGUACUUCCGCGAGCCCAUGCAGCUGGACAGCAUCACCAUCACGCAGCUGCAGAACCCCGGCGUGCUGUCUGUGGAGCUGCUGCCGUGGCCCGCCACGCCCAUCCCUGAGCUGCCCGGCGUGGCGCCUGUGUCCGGCCCCAAGGGCCAGCCCGUGUACUCGGCCGCGUCUGACAGCACGCCCUGCGGCGGCGACCUGGUGAUCAGCGUGCCUUCCGACCGCUCGGGCAGCUCGGAGAGCGUGGCUCCUCGCGGCAGCCAGUCGGAGCUACCGCCGCGCCUGCGCCGCACGGCCGUGGGCGGCAUCCGCAUCACCGUCAAGGCGCAGGCCAAGGGCGCCAAGCCCACCUUCAUUUCGUCGGUGCGCUUCAGCGGCCGCGUGCUGUACCCGGCCAACCCCGCCGCGUACGACGGCAUGUAGGGAGCUGGCGUAGGCAGGGUAGCUGCUGGCUGAGUGGCUGAGUGGUAGUGAAGCAUGUUGGCGGCUUGCAUGAGAGCAUUGGUAAACGCGGACAACACGAACCCAAUCCAAGUGAUGCAUGCAAUUCAUGUACGGACAACCUAGCUUAUGGCAUUCCUUGAUUCUUACGGCGGUGGCGGCGGUGGCUUAGUAAUACCAGGACCUAAUCAUGCAUAUUCUUGCGGCCCCGCACUGGGGCACACUAGCUUAGUACGGACCCUGCUGGCUGGGAAACGGUGACAACGGUGGUGUUAUUGAUUGAUUGGUGUGGAUCAUGAUUGGCCUCUAGCACAUAGAGCUGGCCCUAGAACGCAGCACGCAAUUCGUGUGGUGCAGCAGCGCUGAACAGGUGCAUGCAUAGCAGCAAAAAGCUUAGGUCCGUGUGAUUGACCUUACAGGGGGCGUUGGGGAAGGGAUGUGGCCACCAGCACGACACCUCGUGGCUGCGCCGCAAUGCGUGAAUGCUAUGAUUGAGGGCACGGCCCUCAGGUCCCACAAGCAAGGACCGCAGUGAACCGGUCUACGCUUUGUGUAAUCCACUACAAGAUGAAGCUUGCUGUCCGCUCCAUGCCUCAGCCGCCACCGCUCUCGCCACCGCAGCCGAAAAUCUGAGUGCCGGCGUGCAAUCUGGGUCGGGUCUGCAGCGCACCGUACACCGCAAUCCUGGGAUGUUGGGAUGGAACGUGGCUGAAAAUCGAGGGCCGAUCUAGGCUGUGCGUCAAAUGCCACGACAUUCGACGGGUGUCAGUACAUGCUCAGCAUGUCACAGGUGUGUCCGGGCGUAUCGCAGUUAUGGGCUUAUGGCACCACAAAGCACAUGAUGUGAAUGGCAGCAAACCCUGACGUAGCGUCUGUGCAGGGGAACGUAAACAGAGCGGGCGGUGAGCCAUGACAACAUCCCUUGCGCCAGGGGCCGCGGCCUGCGAGGCCUGUCCGUGCGAGACUGCGAGGCACCUCCGAUGCCCGGAACCUCACCCCGCGCUCAGCCCCUUUGUGCCCUUCCAGUGUGGUGUUUGUGCAUGCAAGCUAUAGAUGCAUAGCGUCCAUGGGUGAGGCUGGACUGACAACAGCCAGUUGCAUGGUCAGCCUGCGAGCAGGGCGGCACGCGGGUCGGACAUGGUCCAGCAUGCGUGCAACGGGCUCUGAGUUCCUGUGGCCCAAGGUGCUGCUGGAUAGUCAUACGUAUACUGAGUAUCAUACACAUACCAUGUGAUGCCUCUGGCCAGGCAAACGCCGCGGCUGAAAUGCAAUAGGCGCGCAACCGAAG